CAUUUUCUUCUUCGUCAGCCUCCCUUCAAUCGCCAUAUUGGGCAACCGAGAAAAGGGCUCGUCUGCGCUUGUUUUUUUCCGUCUCGCUUUUACUACGCGGCGGCGGGGACACCAUCACCGACGGGGGCAUCACCAUCACUGGCGGGGCAGCGCGGAGCCGGGGCCGCGGAGGGGCAGCGCCGCUCCCCGCCGCGCACCGCUCCUCCACCCGCCCGGGGCACCCCGGCGGCGGCGGCGGCUCUCGGGACUCAUCCCCGGGCCGGCGCUUAUGCAAGGGCGGCUCCUCGCCCAUUCUCCGCGGGCCGAGGGUGAGCGGGGCCGAGGCGGGGCCGGAGAACGGGGCAGCGCGGAGAGGAGGCGCGGAGCGAAGCCGCCGAACGCCGAGAAAUAAAAGGCGGAGAGGAGGAGGAGGCGGCGGCUGGCGGGGGGAGAGCAGCGAGCAAAACAACCGCCGCCAGAAGAAAGAGGGUGGGGGGAGAUGUCAAACGUCCGUAUUUCUAAUGGGAGCCCUACUCUGGAGCGCAUGGAAGCCAGGCAGUCGGAGUACCCGAAGCCUUCAGCUUGCAGGAACCUCUUCGGGCCGGUGAAUCACGAAGAGUUAAACAGGGACUUGAAGAAGCACCGCCAGGAGUUGGAGGAGGCAUGCCAGAGGAAGUGGAAUUUCGAUUUCCAGAAUCACAAGCCGCUGGAAGGCAGGUACGAGUGGCAAGCCGUGGAGAAGGGGAGCUCGCCUGACUUCUACUUCAGACCCCCCAGGCUACUGAAAGCUGUCUGCAAGUCCGCCAGCCGCCAGAGCUUGGACGUAAACGGGAAUUGCCAAAACGUGGUUUUUGUCGGCUCUCAGGGAAUCUCAGAGGACACUCACUGUGUAGAUCAAAAGACUGAUGUUUCUGAAAAUCAGACGGACUUUGCAGAGCAGUGCACUGGGCAGAGGAAAAGACCUGCCACCGAUGAUUCCUCUCCUCAAAAUAAAAGAGCCAACACAACAGAAGAAGAGGUUUCAGAAGACUCCCCCAGUGCCAGUUCAGUGGAGCAAACACCCAAGAAAUCAAGCCCAAGAAGACAUCAAACGUAAACCGUUUAGCCCUCCCCGUUGCAGAGCGGAGGAUGCGCGCGUCCUCGUUCAUCGGGUGCGGUGUGGGGCGAUGAAGCGAGGAAGAUGUAGUGGAAACGAAAAUACAUAUCGCCGAUCUCCGUGGGAUGGAGAUCCUGUACAAGCACUGAAAAAAAAACAAACAAACAAAACAAAAAAGACAAAAAAACAACAGCAACAAAACAAAAACAACAACAAAAAAGAGCAAACAAUAACACUAAAAUUUUAGGCACUCUUAAAAAAGACCUGCCUCUAAAAGCAUUGGAUGUAGCAUUGUGCAAUUAGGUGUUUCCUUAUUUGCUUCAUUGUACUACCUGUGUAUAUAGUUUUUACCUUAUGUAGCACAUAAACCUUGUUGGGAGGGGGGAGGGAGUGGAAAAGGGUGACCGAUUGGAACUUGCUUUCACAAUCUAGCAAGCAAAGAAAUGUAUGAAGAGAAGCAAUGUAGGUUUUUUAUUCCUUAAAGAUGUAUUGUCCCUUUAAGUGGGUCUGCUGUGUUUUUGUCCCUUCCCUCCCCCCCCCCCCUUUUUGUUUUUUUAAUGUACCAUCGUGGUAAGCCUGUUCAGAGCAGAUUAUUACAGGCUGCUUGUGAAAUUUCUUCCUAGUGAACUAAGAGGUGGGAGCUGUGAUGAUCCCGUUAUGUAGUAGCAAAGGUUCACACCCCCCGACCUCAAAUCCAUAUGGCAAAUUUGAAUGCCUGUAAAAGUCAUGUAAUAUCAUGCUGUUGCUACAUUGAUUUUUUUUUUUUUUUUUUUUUUAAUAAUCUGGAGGGCUUUUGCUCUGAAUCUCAAAUAUUGUUUUCUGAUCUGACCCACUUCCCAAAGUUAGUGUGUGUGAGGGAAAAGGGAUACUACAUCUUUAAACAGUAUUUCUACAUUGCCUGUGUACCUGUAUGUAAAAAUAAAAAAAAAAAAAUGUUUGAAGUGUACCUGUGUACAUAACUCUGUAAAGACACUGAGAAAUUAUACUAACUUAUUUAUGUUAAAAGAUUUUUUUUUUUUAAUCUAGAAAACAAUAUUUUUCCCCAUAAAGCCAAAGUGGCAUGUUUUUGUGCAUUUGUAAAUGCUCUAUUUGGUAGACUUCUUAGUGGUUUUAUUUUUUUUUUAUUUUUUUUUCCUUUUUCUGACAAUUAAUAUGGCUGUGCUUAAAGGAUUGCAGACUGAGCCAAUUUAAUAUUUUUUUUUUGUAAUAUGCGGGAAAAAAAAUCCAGAUUGAUACUGUUUCACAUCAAGCAAUCAAUAAACUGCCAUAUGUAAGAAA